GGGACUGUCAAAAAUUUUCCAACUCUAGCUCGCGUCGGUCGUUUUCUUCAGAAGCGUUGUUGUUAUUCGGUGAUUUUCGUGCGAAAUUCGAACAAUUUCUGUGCAAAAGUGCUUUCAAUUUGUACAGUGAAUACUGUUGCAGCAUAAGUCAGUGAAAUUCGUGCGUGGGGUUGUGGAUUUUGAUGUUAAAAAGUGAAUAAUCCCAAUUUGCAAAUGGUGACGCACGCGGUGUUUGGCGUUUGAGUUUUGACAGGCCGUUCCUUGGUUUACCAACACAGCCAAAGCCCACUACCACAUUCGCAAAGCGCGUCGGUGAGAAAACAUGGCCUCGAUGUAUGCGCAGAGUACAUCUUCACCGCAGUCACAACAGGUGAUUGAUUCGGUGCAAAUGAACCACUUUCGAAGCUUCGUAAAUAUGCUCGCUGAGCCAACGGCGAAAGAUGAAAUCAAGCUGAAAGCCGCCCAAGAGUUAAGCGAGCAUUUUGAACUGAUCACCCAAUGCAGUUCCUAUCCAGAUUUCCUGAGCCAUUCGCUGAGGAUAUUCUUGAAGAUUUUGCAAGAAGGCGAACCCCAAUUCAUCUCGGAGCUAAACUUGCAACAGGUCCGUAAGAUUAUCCUGGAAAUGAUCCAUCGAUUGCCAACAUCGGAGCAUAUCCGGCCCCAUGUGAAGCAAAUCAUUGCCCUGACCAUCAAACUGCUCCAAACCGACAACGAGGAAAACGUUCUGGUCUGCUUGCGCAUCAUUAUCGACAUUCACAAAGCGUACAGGCCCUCGUUCCAUCCGGAGAUUCAGGACUUCCUCUCGUACGUGACCAUCUACUCCGACCUGCCAAAGCAUCUGACCACCAUGUUCGAGCCCAAGCAACCGAUCCGGGUGAAGGAUCUGAAGGAGGUCAACUUUGACGGGUUGCUGCCGGAAAACGUUCCAUCCACGCCGAUUCAGGUGGAGAAAAAGACGGCGGACGGGAAGCUGUCCACGGUUACGUACAACCUCAUCCCAAAAGGAAUCAACUCGCUUAAAGUGCUACAAGAGCUUCCAAUAAUAGUGGUUUUGAUGUAUCAGAUCUACAAAGCCAACGUCCAUCAAGAAGUGGUUGACUUCGUUCCACUAAUUAUGACCACCAUCACCCUCCAACCAUCUCUGAUUCACAAAAACUCUCCGGCGUUCAAUAAGGAGAUUUAUGUGGAUUUCAUGGGUGCCCAGAUUAAGACUUUAGCUUUUUCAGCUUACAUUAUCAGACUGUUCCAAGAUGUGAUUCUAAAUCACGCUCCAACGAUGGUGAAGGGCAUGCUCAAUCUGCUGGAGAGCUGUCCGAAGGAAGUGGCUCACCUCCGGAAGGAGCUGCUGGUGGCAACCAGACACAUCUUAGCGACGGAUUUACGAAAUCAUUUCGUGUCCUCCAUUGACAAACUUUUUGACGAGGAUAUUUUGCUGGGGAAAGGCUGGACAACUCACGAAUCCCUCCGUCCACUAGCCUAUUCCACCCUAGCCGAUUUGGUACACCACGUUAGGCAGCACCUCACUUUGUCGGCCCUGUCCAAGGCUGUUUAUCUGUUCGCUAAGAAUGUUCACGACGAAUCGUUGCCCACGAGCAUUCAAACGAUGUCAUGCAAACUGUUGCUCAAUCUGGUGGAAUGCAUUCGCAUUAAGAGUGAUGCGGAACCGGUGGCUAGCCGGGAGCUACUGAUAACGAUGCUGAAGGUGUUUACCCAAAAGUUCCACACGAUUUCUAAGCUCCAGCUGCCGCAGAUAAUGCAGAAAUGGAAAUCAUUCAAGCGGGAAAGCACUGCUGCCAGUGCCACACCUGGAACGCCUUCCACCGCUCAGAGUACACCGGCCCCGGGAGCAACACCGCAACAUACCCCACAAACACCAACAGCUCAAGACAACAACAUUCCCAAGGAUUUCCUGGGCAUGGAUCUCUCCGAAAAUUCGUUCAAAUUAACCAGCAUCGGAUUCCCCAGCCGAACAAUCAACGUAACCGAGUACCGCAGUUUGGUGAAAACUCUGGUUUGUGGUGUUAAAACUAUCACGUGGGGAUGUCCUGCGGCCAAAGUCAAUCCCAACGACCACGGGAUGCCAGCCUCCAAGCUGUUCAAUCCCAACGAGAUUCUGAUAUUCAUUGAUCUCUUCCAUUGGGCUCUGGAGGCGCUCGACAUCUAUACGAUAAACGUACCCGCAAUGGGUAUACCACAGGCGUUACCGUUGCAGAAACAAGCCCUCCAAAUGCCUCGUUCCAAGGAAGAAAAGGAAGUUCUGGAACAUUUCAGCGGAGUGUUUCUAACGAUGGACUCGCAGAAUUUCCAGGAAAUUUUCGCUUCUACAAUUGAUUUCAUGGUGGAUCGUUUGUACAAAAACUCUGCUCUCCAGGUAAUCGCCAACUCUUUCCUGGCCAAUCAAACAUCACCAUUGUUUGCUACGGUUCUCGUAGAAUACCUUCUAGAGCGCAUGGAAGAAAUGGGAUCAAACAUUGAACGAUCGAAUCUUUACCUACGACUGUUCAAACUUGUGUUUGGCAGUGUGAGCUUAUUCGCAGCGGAAAAUGAGCACAUGCUGAGGCCACACUUGCAUACAUCUCACCGUUCAAUGGAACUGGCUAUGACGGCCAAAGAACCAUACAACUAUUUCCUGCUGCUGAGAGCGCUAUUCCGCUCGAUCGGUGGAGGAUCGCACGAUCUAUUGUACCAAGAAUUUUUGCCUCUACUGCCAAAUUUGCUGGAAGGGCUGAAUCGUCUCCAGAGUGGUUUCCACAAGCAACACAUGAAGGAUCUGUUUGUGGAGCUUUGUCUGACAGUGCCGGUGCGAUUGUCGUCCCUGUUGCCAUACUUGCCAAUGCUGAUGGACCCACUGGUGUCGGCCCUAAAUGGGUCACAUACGCUCGUUAGUCAGGGCCUGCGAACGCUGGAGCUGUGCGUGGACAAUCUACAGCCGGAUUUCCUCUACGAUCACAUUCAGCCGGUGCGUGCCGAUUUGAUGCAAGCGCUGUGGAGAACACUUCGUAAUCAGGACAGUGCCGCAGUAGUUGCAUUCCGAGUGCUAGGCAAAUUUGGCGGUGGAAAUCGAAAGAUGAUGAUCGAACCCCAGCAAUUGCUGUACCAGGAAAGCGAUACCGUUCAACCGGCAGUGGUGGCCUACUUCCAGGAGCACCGUAAACCAAUCGACUUCCCAGUGGACAAGGUUAUCGAGACGGCCUUCAAUGCACUGAAAACGAGCACUACCGAUCCGUUCUAUUGGCGUCAAAGUUGGGAAGUGAUUCGCUGCUAUUUGGCCGCUUCUAUAUGUCUGGAUGACGACAAGCAUACGUUGCAGAAACUAUUCAUGCAUCCCAGCUUUACCGACAACAACGUGGUGUCAACCGGAACUCAUUACAUUCUACAGGACAAACAAGCUGGAUUGACUCAUCAAACCGCACUCACCGGAAUGUUUGUGGCAGCAGCUACCAAAGAUCUGCGUGGCUCCGUACUUCCCACGAUGGUAGCAGUUGUACGGCAUUAUACAAUGGUGGCCAUAGCUCAGCAAGCUGGUCCCUUCCCGCAUAAGCACCAUCAGAUGAACAGUGGUCUCGAUCCGUUGGUUUUGAUCGAUGCUUUGGCUGCCAUCAUGGGCCACGAAGAGAAGGAACUCUGCAAACCUGGUAAAUUGGCAAUGUCUUUGAUUCUGGAAACGGCCACUAACAUAAUGGGCUCGAAGGAAAUGGCAUGUCGUUUACCUAUGAUGCAGUAUCUCGCGGAAAAAAUGGCCGCUUUAUGCUAUGAACGACCAUGGUAUUCCAAAAUGGGAGGUUGCAUUGCUCUCAAGUUUCUCUAUCAGAAUAUGGCAAUGAGAUGGCUGUAUCAGCAUUUGUUUAUAUUCCUCAAGGCAUUCAUGUUCAUAAUCAUGGAUCUGACCGGCGAAGUGUCCAGUGGAGCAAUCGACAUGGCCAAGAACUAUCUGGAAAAGAUGCUCAAAAUUUGCAUGACCCUGGACAGGGAUUGCAAAAACGAAGAAUUGAUCUCUACCCAAAAGAAGGCGAUGUACGAUGUAAUCCACGAGUUGGUACGACAAGUAACGAGUCCACAUACUCUCGUUCGCGAAACGGCCAUGGCAUCGCUGAGAUUGAUUGCCGAGCUGCAAAGCAAAACCGUCACCGAAGUCAUGAAUCCACAUCGUGAGGUGCUGGUCGAUAUGAUUCCUCCGAAGAAACACCUCCUUCGUCAUCAACCGGCCAGUGCGCAGAUCGGACUGAUGGAUGGCAACACGUUCUGUACGACCCUCGAGCCGCGACUAUUUACAAUUGAUCUCACAAUACUGACCCACAAGGUAUUCUAUCACGAGGUACUGACACUGUCUGAUGCAGAAGACACAACGCUGAAUAAGCUCGACUGCUACAAGACGGUGACGAAUCUGAUUCCGUUGAGAAAGAGUGCCCUGCGAGCUUUGGCGGCCUGCCACUACAUUCCGAACGGAUGUCGGGAGAAAAUUUUCUCCAUACUGUUCAAGGCUCUGGAGAAGAACAACGUUGAACUGCAGGAGGCGGCCUUUGAGUGUAUGCAGAACUUCCUCCAAGGCUGUACCGUCGAUAAGGAGACAAUCCAUGCUGGCAUCCGUCCUUUGCUGAUGCAAUUAGGAGACCAUCGCAAUCUGACGUUGAAUGGCGCAAAACGUCUCUCCUACCUGACGCAGUUGUUCCCGUCAAUGUUUAACGAAAAACUCUGCGAUUCUCUUCUUCAAAUUGUUAAAAAACUCCUGGAAAGCUCUAUCGCGGCAAAUAAGGGAUCGAACUUCUUGGCCGCAUCCAAGACUGGUGAAACGGAGCAAAAGAUCGUAACCAUCAUUGGCAUAUUCCACCAAAUCCCAGCUGCCUCAGCCAAGUUCAUCGAUAGCCUUUGCAAACUAAUUUUGCAAACCGAGAAGAGCUUGAUGAUCGAACCCUGCUCGCCAUAUCGUCCACCGUUGGUCAAGUUCCUGCUUAAAUUCCCCAAGGAAUCCAUGGAGCUUCUGUUGAGCGACGUCAACGUGAAGGAUGCCCAGUGGAAUCGAUUCAUGAUCUACUUGCUGAAGCACAAGGACGGUCUACCGUUCCGAAACGCCAUCCAGGAGAAGAGUCCACGGUUGAUUCAGCUGAUAUUGAUCAAUUCGGAAGGAAGCGUCGCCAUUGCCCAGGGAAAACCAUUCGAAGAUCGGUACGAAGCUCAAAGACAGGCCAUUCUCAUCAUCCACACGUUGAUAGAAUUCGACAGUCCCUGGAUCUCAACUCAGACGGAUAUCAUCGGGGCAUUGAAGACUAUUUGGAAGAACGAUUUGUACAAGACUUGCCAAUCAUCCGUGGUGUGCGAUAUGUGGCAUUUGGUAGCGAAGAUAUUGAUGGAAUAUUUCUCACACAAUACGAAUGAAAUCCCAUUGCUGUUCCAACUGUUGCGGGCCCUGUGUUUGCGAUUCAUACCGGAUUUCCAGUUUUUCCGCGAUUUUCUCCAGAACACCGUAUGCCAGAGCUAUACCGUAGAUUGGAAGAGGGCAGCCUUCUUCCAUUUUGUGGAGUGCUUCGGCAAUCCAGAAGUGUCACAGGAUCUGAAGGCCAAAAUUUUGACUAUGGUGAUUAUUCCUAGCUUUGCCGUUAGCUUCGAGAAGGGAGAAGGCAACAAGCUGGUGGGAGCUCCACCGGCACCGUAUUUGGAAGACGAGAAUAAUAUCGUGUCCGUGUUCAUCAACAAGGUCAUCGAUCCGGAGAAACCAUUCGCGAAUGAAGACGCGGUGAGGAUCGCUUUACUGCAGUUUGCUUGUCUUCUGGUCGAACGCGCUUCGCCGCAUAUUCACGAUGGGGAUGCUAACAACAAACGGGAAGGAAACAAACUGCGCCGACUAAUGACCUUUGCUUGGCCUUGUCUGUUGCCGAAGAAUUGCGUAGAUCCGGCUGCUAGGUAUCACGGUCACUUGUUGCUUAGCCACAUUAUUGCAAGGCUGGCAAUUCACAAAAGAAUAGUUCUCCAAGUGUUCCAUUCGUUACUCAAAGCUCAUGCCGUUGAAGCAAGGACUGUGGUUAAACAAGCUCUGGAAGUCUUGACCCCUGCUAUGCCCUUGCGCAUGGAAGACGGGAACACCAUGCUGACUCACUGGACAAAGAAAAUCAUCGUCGAAGAGGGUCACUCGAUGCAGCAACUGUUUCAUAUUCUACAGCUAUUGGUCAGACAUUUCAAGGUCUACUAUCCGGUGCGACAUCAUCUGGUGCAGCAGAUUAUCACUUCAAUGCAACGACUGGGUUUUACUGUCAACGCCACCAUAGACUAUCGUAAACUGUCUGUCGAGUUGGCAGAGGUCAUCAUCAAGUGGGAGGUUCAACGUAUCAAGGAGGAAACAGAUGGCGGCAGCACUGCAGUCGAAGAGGACGAUAGCAAGUUGCAGACGGAUGUCAAACAGCAGCCCAGUGGGGCGGUGAAACGAACGGCUCAGGACGAUGAAGCUCGUAAAAAGCUGGCGACAGGCGAAACUAACCCGCAGCCAUCUCCCAGUACAUCGACUGCUACGACAACUCCUGGGGUAGCUCCAAAAGUCGAAGGUUCUGGUCGACCCAUUGAUCGGGCUCAUUGUGAUACGGUGAUAAACUUCCUGUUCCGUAUGGCGUGUCAACUGAACGACGUAUCGACUACUCCGGGCACCAUGUCCCCCGGAGAAAGUCUGUCCAGAAGAUGUGUCAACCUACUGAAAUUGGCUAUCAAGCCGGACGUUUGGCAGCAACCGUUUGAUCUCAAACUAACAUGGCUGGAUAAGGUGUUCACGAGCAUUGAAGGUCAGCAACCAAAUAUUGGAAAUAUUUGUACAGCUUUGGAGUUGUUGACCUUCCUGUUGACGGUUCUGAAGAAAGAGCAAAUCUUGACUACGUUCCGGCCCUUGCAGCGAGGUCUCUCUGCAUGCGUAACUUGCCCGAACACUCGUGUCAUCAAACUUAUGCACGGACUACUGACUCGUCUUAUGGCGAUUUUCCCAACAGAUUCACAUCAUAAGCACGAUGAGCUGGAAACGCUUUACGCAACUAUAAGCAAAAUGAUCUUUGAAGGGUUGGCAGCAUUCGAGAAGAAUGCCCAAGCCAACCCUUCUACCUUGUUUGGCACGCUGAUGACUUUGAAAGCAGCCUGCACCAACAAUCAAAGUUACAUAGAUCGCCUCAUCAUUCCCUUCAUGAGACUGCUCAAUCGCCUCACAAAAGAUCACCUGGGUGGAAUCGCCAACAAUCAGAAUGGAAAUGGCGAAGCGGCCACAAAUGCCGGUUCAAUUGCCCUAGAACUGCUCGUCGUUUCGUUGGAUCUGGUUAAAAACCGCGUCGUCGUGAUGAGCGUGGAAAUGCGAAAGAUGUUUAUCGGUGGAAUCUUGGUGGGACUGAUCGAGAAAAGUAAUGACGUAAAGGUGAUCAAGGCAAUCGUCAAGAUGAUCGAGGAAUGGAUGAAGAACAAAAACUCCCCUGUCACAGUAUCGCAAGCACCAACACUACGCGAGAAGUCAAUCCUGCUGGUUAAGCUUAUGCAGUACGUGGAGAAACGAUUUGCCGAUGAUCAAGAGCUGAAUGGUCAGUUCUUGGAGCUAGUUAACUACAUUUACCGCGACGAGCAGCUAAAAAUUACCGAGCUGACCUCUAAACUAGAAGCCGCUUUCCUAGCGGGUCUACGCUGCAACCAACCGAAAAUACGUGCCAAGUUCUUCGAAGUGUUCGAUGGUUCCAUGAGGCGACGACUUCACGACCGUUUACUCUACAUCAUUUGCUCGCACGCCUGGGAUUCGAUUGGGCAGCACUACUGGAUCAAGCAAUGCAUCGAACUGUUGAUUUUGACGGCCAAUACCACAACACAGAUUCAAAAUAGCAACGAGAAUCAUCUGCUGCCAAGCAUAUCAUCGGUAAUCAAUUUGGCCGAAUCAGAUGAGAAGAAAAACUUUGUCAUCUACACAUCCUUGCAAAACGACCCAACGGAAACGUUCGAUUCCAUCGAAGACAAGGAGGAUGCAUUUGAUAUGGACAUGAGCGUAGAUUCUAACAUUUCGCGACACGAAGAGAGUGAGCGACCGGUGGCCAAUCGUCAAGCUGCGUUGGCCAAACUCAUCAGUCGCCAGGCAGAGUUUUUGGAGGCAAGCCGCAAGGUACGCACGGAACAGCUUCUAGUGGCUACGGCUCAGCUCUGCCACAUGGACACUCAACUGGCCGAAAGAGUAUGGCUCGAUGUAUUCCCUCGACUGUGGUCUAUACUGGACCAUGGUCAGCAACAAUCAUUAGAUCGGGAAAUAGUGCCAUUCCUCUCUUCCGGAACACACAUCAUUCAGAAAGACUGUCAUCCCAGCGCACUUCACACGUUUGUGGAGGCUUUGUCGCAUUGUGAUCCACCCGUUUAUAUUCCGCCCAAUUUGAUGGCGUACUUGGGCAAGGCGCACAACUUGUGGCACCGAAUGACGUUGAUGCUCGAGGAGAUGGCUCUAGAAUGGCCCAACAGGAAGGAAAGCAUAUCGGAGUAUGCAGAAUUUGAUGAAGAGAAUUGUCGGGAUGGCUCCUAUGUCAUGGAUCCACUGUCUCAAAUGUAUUCCUCGUUGCAUGAAGAGGACUUGUGGGCUGGAUUAUGGCAAAAAUAUGCUAAAUACCAGGAAACCAAUUUGGCGAUCGCCCACGAACAGAUGGGAUUCUUCGAGGAGGCACAAAGUAUUUAUGAUUCAGCAAUGACACGUUUCAAACAGGAUCUGAACAACGGUGUCACUCCUUUGGAUAUGAACAGUGAGCUAUUGCUGUGGGAAAAUCACUGGAUUCGAUGUGCCAAAGAGCUGAAUCAAUGGGAUAUUCUGAUGGACUAUGGUCAGCUGAAUAAGGAUAAGAAUUCCUUCCUGAUUAUGGACAGCGCUUGGCGUGUUCCGGAUUGGACCCUGAUGAAACAAGCUCUCUCCAAAGUGGAACAAACCUAUCCCAAACAAGUGGGCUACAAGUUCAAUCUCUAUCGAGGUUAUUUGACGAUCUUGAACCAAGAAGAGCAACAUCCCUCUGUAGAACGGUAUGUUGAGGUUGCGUCGGCUUAUUGUAUGCGCGAGUGGCGCCGAUUGCCACCCAUAGUUUCGCACAUUCAUCUUCCCAUUCUGCAAGCAUCGCAGCAAAUCAUGGAACUGCAGGAAGCCAGCCAGAUUCACCAAGGCUUGCUACAGAACCGCAGUUCCUCGCUGCACGACAUGAAAGCGAUAGUGAAAACGUGGCGUAACCGACUUCCAGUCAUAGCGGAUGAUUUGUCCCACUGGAGUGACAUCUUCACCUGGAGACAGCAUCAUUAUCAGAUUAUAACGUCUCAUCUGGAGCAACAGGGCGAUAAUACCUCGCCGUGUAUGCUGGGGGCGCAUGCCUCGGCCCAGACAAUCAUUCACUUUGGUAAAAUCGCCCGGAAGCAGAACUUGACGGGAGUUUGCCAGGAUUCGCUGUACAGGAUCUACACCAUUCCUUCGGUGCCGGUCGUCGAUUGUUUCCAGAAAAUACGUCAACAGGUCAAAUGCUGCCUACAGAUGGCCGCUGUGAACAAUAGUCGAUCGGAACUGUCCGAAGCAUUGGAAGUAAUCGAACCCACCAAUCUGGACUACUUCUCCAAGGAAAUGACAGCCGAAUUCUACGCCCUGAAGGGACUUCUACUGGCCCAGACCGGUCGCUCCGAAGAGGCCAACAAAGCAUUCAGUGCUGCUACUCAAUUACACGACACACUCAUCAAAGCAUGGGCCCUUUGGGGAGACUAUUUGGAACACAUUUUCACCAGAGAUCCUCGCCAGAUCAAUUUGGGCGUUUCGGCAAUGACCUGUUUCUUGCACGCCUGUCGCAACCAAAAUGAAAGCAAGUCUCGUAAAUACCUUGCCAAGGUACUGUGGCUUUUGUCGUACGAUGAAGAUAAGUCACUCUUGGAAGCUUUGGAUAAAUAUGCGGUCGGAGUGCCACCAAUUCAGUGGGUACCUUGGAUACCUCAACUGCUUUGCUGUUUGGUUCAGUACGAAGGAACAGUUAUUCUUAACUUGUUGAGUCAAGUGGGCCGGAUGUUCCCUCAAGCUGUGUACUUCCCGAUUCGAACUCUCUAUCUCACUCUCAAAAUAGAACAACGAGAAAGAUACAAGAGUGUCGAGCAGGCCUCAGCCGCGGCUCAAAAAAUGGCUGCCAACAAGGCUGAAACAGGACUUCCGGCAGGAAGUGGUCAAGUUACCAUUUCCACCCAACCAGGAGGGUCCGGCACGCAACAGCAGCAACCCCAACAGCAACCUGCAGCUGCCGGUCAGUCAGGCCAGGCCCAACCAGGAACAGAAAAUCAACCAGCUGCUGCCGGUGGCAACUUGCAAGCUACAACGACGCCCAUCCGAGCCACACCGCCCAUGUGGAGAUGCUCCAAGAUUAUGCAUUUACAGCGUGAUAUUCAUCCGACAGUUCUGAGCUCUCUUGAGGGGAUCGUCGACCAGAUGGUUUGGUUCCGCGAAAACUGGUACGAAGAAGUUCUACGUCAGCUGCGCCAAGGCCUAACCAAGUGCUACGCCAUAGCGUUUGAGAACCGCUGCUCGGUCAAUGAGGCGACCAUUACUCAACACACUCUCAAUUUCGUUAAGAAGUUGGUCUCUACCUUCGGCAUUGGAAUCGAAAACAUCUCAAGUUCCGUGUCGUCCAAUUUCUCAUCGGCUGCGUCCGAGUCUUUGGCAAGGCGGGCCCAAGCAACGGUUCAAGACCCCGUCUUCCAAAAGAUGAAGGGUCAAUUCACCAGUGAUUUCGACUUCUCCCAACCGGGCGCCACCAAGCUGCACAAUCUGAUCAACAAACUAAAGAUUUGGAUCAAGAUUCUGGAGAACAAAACCAAACAACUUCCCAAAUCCUUCUUGAUCGAGGAGAAGUGUCGUUUCCUGUCGAACUUUAGUCAGAAAACUGCAGAAGUUGAACUGCCAGGAGAACUCCUACUGCCUAAACAUUCUCACUAUCACAUCCGGAUAGCUCGGUUCAUGCCACGAGUAGAUAUCGUUCAGAAACAUAACACGGCAGCUCGGAGAUUGUACAUCCGAGGAACCAAUGGCAAGAUUUAUCCGUAUCUGGUUGUCAACGAUACUGGUCUGGGAGAUGCCCGUCGAGAAGAACGCGUCUUACAGUUGCUGCGUAUGCUUAACAACUAUCUUGCCAAGCAGAAAGAGACCUCACGACGGUUCCUGCACAUCACAGUCCCACGAGUGGUAGCAGUAUCACCACAAAUGCGUCUGGUUGAGGACAAUCCAUCCAGUAUCUCGCUGCUUGACAUUUAUAAAAACGGAUGCUCCAAACUCAACAUUGAACACGACGCACCAAUUGCUAGAUAUUACGAACGGCUGGCGAAGGUGCAGGCUCGUGGCUCGCAAACCAGUCACACGGUUUUGAGAGAUAUUCUACGAGAAGUACAAACAACGAUGAUCCCCAAAACGAUGCUAAAGGAUUGGGCUGUUCGGAACUUCCGUUCAGCGACGGAUUACUGGCAGUUCAGAAAGAUGUUCACUCUUCAACUGUCGCUUUCCUGCCUGAUGGAGUAUUGCUUGUUCCUGACUCGUCUGAAUGCGGACAUGAUGUACCUUCAUCAGGACUCCGGUCUCAUGAAUGUAUCCUACUUCAAGUUCGAUGUCGACGACAGCACCGGUCUGUUGGACGAUAGUCGACCCGUUCCAUUCCGGUUGACGCCGAACAUUGUUGAAUUCCUAUCGACCAUCGGAGUUACUGGUCCACUGACGGCAUCUACUAUAGCCACGGCCCGCUGUCUGGUGCAACCGAACUUCAAGCUUCCCACUAUUCUGCGUGCCAUUCUCCGCGAUGAGAUAAUUGCAGUGCAAAAGAAACGUAUUCUGGAUGAGAAGGUUAUUGAUCAGAACACGGAUCUCUCACAGGAAAACCCAGCGGUAGAAAUUGAUUCUGAAACCGUAAUCAGUACCGUUAACAAAGCGGUCAACAACAUUAUGGCUCGAUUGAACUGUUUGGCACGGUUCGACAACUCAGAGGUGAAAAAGAUGAGCACACUUGUACAAGUGGCCAGUAAUGCGGAUAAUCUUUGCCGAAUGGAUCCCACGUGGCAUCCUUGGCUUUAAGUAAGUAACUUUGAUCUAAAACUACAUUGGCUGAUAAUUUUAAUCAUUUUAUUCUUGGUAAGCACUAAGCAGCUAAGUAAACGUUCUUAGAAGUAUCUCAAGUAUGUAUUGAUUAACGGAUAUAAAUCAAUUGUAUAAAUAUCAAAA